AUGCCAGUGGCUCGCGGUGACUGUGGGUCCCCACCUCGCAUGACCCACUCCAGACCAUCCAGCGACGAGCACGCCAGCAGCUUCCCCGUUGGAUCCAGGGUGACGUACACAUGCAUUGAAGGCGCCAUCAAAAUUCCCGGGAGGUCGGACACGGUGGAGUGCCUGCCCGGCGCACGCUGGUCAAAACUGCCCGAGCCCUGCAGCCGGAGCUGUGCUGCCCCGACAAGGUUGCGGUUUGCUGCCCUGUCCAAGGCGGACGAGAGGAUUAAUUUCUUUCCUGUUGGGACCAACGUGAGCUACGUCUGCCGCCCUGGCUACGAGAACACCUCGGAAAGUUCCCCCACCAGCACUUGCCUUGAAAACCUGGCGUGGUCGGAAGCUGCUGAGCUGUGCAGGAGGAGAUCCUGCGGCGACCCCGGAGCGCUGCCCGGGGGCAGGGUGGUCGCUCUCACAGACCUGCAGUUCGGUGCAAGAAUGAACGUGUUCUGCGAAGACGGCAACGGAAAGCACAAUGGUGAAGGUGUAGAAAAAUUUGCUUAUAACUCAACAGUGACUUACAGCUGUGACUCUGGCUUCCAGCUCGUUGGAAAUGUGAGCAUCCAUUGUACGAGUACGGACAAAACAAACGGAGUCUGGAGCGGAACUGCACCUGAAUGCAAAGAGAAAAGCACACCUGUCAAACUUAGAGCGAAAGAAAUGGAAAGGAGUCCUCCUUCCCAACCACUUCUUCAGGAGAUCGUGUCAAAGCAGCAGCUUGACACACGAUCUAAUGUGUGA